AUGAACAGAUUACCUAUGGAUCUCGUCGACGAGAUUCUCUUCAGAUCAACCCCCAAAUCUUUGGGGAAGAUGCGAUGCACAAACAAAUCAUUCGAAGCUCGUAUAUGCAACGACCCAAUUUUCAAAGCAAAAUACUUGUCUCGGGUUGGAUCCAGUUUGCUUCACAUCUCCAGAGAUGCCUCCGCAUCACUCUGCUUCCACCCUUCCGGCGAUCCUAGGGCAUUCCUACCCGAAGCUAACUUAGAGACCAAGUGUCGCAUUCUCGGUCACUGCUCCAGUCUUCUCCUGCUCGUCGUCGGGGGGUUUUACUGCGUCGUGAAUCCCCUCACGAAGAAGUUUCGCUUCCUGGAUCUCUUUGACAGGGCGUAUAGAAAGUGCAUCGGUUUCCUCGUUGAUCAAAUCGAUGAAAACACUCAGAGAUUCAAACUCGUCCGCGCAGAGGCUCACUACGAUUAUCCAAUUCCAUACGAAACGACGUAUGGAUUCGAGAUUUACGCUGGAAAUGCAUGGAGAUUAUCGACAACCACCUUUACUUGCCCCUCAAGCGAUCUCAUGAAGGAUAUGAAACCUGUCUACUUGGAAGAAGACGGAGCUCUUUACUGGCUGAGAGAGGACUACAGCAUCUUAGCUUUCAAUCCCGAGACCGAGCAAGCGCGGUUGAUUCCGGUCAAAUUCAACCGCGAACCGGAUACGAAACUUUUGUUCGGUUCUGGCGAUAACCGGCUGACAAUGAUAGCGGCGACAAAGGAAGUGAUUGACGUUUUUGUCUUGGAGGGUAUCCUCACCGAUCCUAAGUGGAUCCUCGCGAAACGGAUCAGGAACGAGGCGGUGCAUGAGAGUGUGACGUUGUCAUGGGACGUGGUGGCGUUCGAUGGAAGAUGUUUGGCGGUGAGGACGAUGAAGGGCAUUGGACGCCAUGUGGUUUAUGGCUACGACUUUAGGGCGAACAAGUGGGGGGUCGUGGGUUUGAUGCCUGAUUGGUGCGAUACAAGGCGAUACUUUUAUCUGUUGAAGCCGUCGUGGUCUUGUGUGGUGGGACUCAUGGAUCAGGAUGAAGAGAAUCUUUGGUACAAAGUGUUCACAUCGAUUAAAUCCAAACGCCUCUCCUCACUAGAGAGUAUUAUGGAUUUGAUUAAUUUAUCGUAA